AUCAAAGAGACAUAUUAGGUGGAAAACCGAUUACAGACAUCAAAAUCUUUCCACUAGCACAUCUGUUACAAAUCAACGUUUCACGGCCAUUCUAUGUUUCGGAUAGUCGAUCCACCCCCUGAUUUCAGGCAAAACGCCAGCGAGUGGAUCUAUAAGAUGUUAUUUCUUUGGUCGAGGGAGCCAACUCCGAAUCCCAGAGCUGGUCCGUGGUUUGCCUGGUUUGCAACAGCUGUCCUGUUGUGGCGUUGUCGACGUCGCAUCACCAAAGCGAUUUUAGCGAUCUCGCCAUUGAAAUUGCUAAAGAGACGAACCGCCGGUCUAGCAAUCAAUCAGAAAAUAAUUCUGAAGCAACAGAAAAGACACAGUCUGGCUCAAUUACACAAACAUAAGACUGUCGGCAUACGACGGGCAAAGCGACUAUGCACCGGCGAUGGCCCGCACGUAUCUGGCAGCAUGUCCAUGAUUCCUCAGAUUCACUACAGAGUUACUAGAAGCGGCAGGAUUUAUGGAAAAUAUCCAAACAAGACCGCCAUUCCAAAUGGUAGCAUUUAAAGAAGCCACUGAUGUAUUGCGCUAAGAUUAUUGAACUCUUGACUUACUAUCUUUGUUCCUGUAAAAAUUUUGUGAUUGUCAUUGUCGUACUGUAUGUCGUCAACGUAAUUUCAUACUUCCUAGAAAAAGAAUUAAUCGUUUAAAUAUACCAUAUACUUAUAUCCCUUUUCUUAACUUAAAUUCAUUUAAAAGACGUGUUGUCCUUUUAUAUAUUGUCUGCACAAGUCUAAAAAUAAUAUAUA